UGCGCCAUUGCUAGGUUUUGUUCGGCGGUGUAGUGCUGGUAUAGUGUUUUCGUAUCACUGCCAUUUAAAACUUCUUAAACUUUCCUCUUUAAAUAUUCGUUUUAAGUUUUUUGAGUUAUUGAUGAACACAUACGUCUUUAAAAAUGUAUUGAUUGAUUCACUUUGUAGUGUUUUACCUACUUUGAAUUUCAUUGAAAGUUGCAAAGUAGCAUUUUUAAAAAUUCGUUGAAGGAAAAUGGCUGAACAAGGCAAGGGACGGGGUCGGGGCUUGGCCCUAAUCCAAGCCUUGAAAAGGUCCCAGAUGUUGGACUCCAUACCAACGUCAGAGACUCCGACUCCAGAAACCACUCCAAGCUCAAGCACAUUCCCCAGUGCAGUGCCCAGUAUGGCCCCUUCUGCGAUUGAAUCUUCAACUGACACAGUAUCUACCACAGCUGGUGGCAGAGGUCGCCUGGCAGCCAUGAUGCUGGCUAAAAUGCAGCCAAAACCAGGUCCUCCAAUGUUUAGCCCUGCGUCAGACGUCAGUCCUGGACAAUUGGCAAAGCCGACAGGAGUUGGCAGGGGAAUGAAACUUUUGCAAACAUUACAAGCUUCAAAGGCCGCAGCGAGUGUUAAGAGCGAUGUGGAAACAAUCACUGAAACAAUGUCAGAAACGACCAUAUCCACACCUCAACCUACGCAAACCACGAAGGGAUAUGUUAAACAAAUUGUGAGGGAGAUAAAAGAUACACCACCAGUGGUGAGGAAAGGAGAGAGCGGCACGCCAGUGGAAGUGACUGCAAAUUUCAUAUAUCUCAACUUCAAAGAGAACAAUGUUUACGAAUAUGAGGUGAAGUAUGUGCCUGAACAAGAUUACAAGCAUUUGCGGUUCAAACUUUUAAACGAGCACAUUAAAUACUUCAAAGACAAGACGUUUGACGGCACGACGCUGUACGUGCCGCACGCGUUACCCGACGAGGCUCUGCAACUCGUCUCCACCAAUCCGUUCGACAACAGCAAAGUCAAUAUAUUGAUAAAAUUUCGGCGCACGCGCAAGCUGAGUGAAAUGAUUCACAUAUACAAUGUGCUGUUCAAAUGUAUAAUGAAGGAUCUGCAGCUAGUAAGCUUUGGGCGACAAUAUUUCAACGAACACGCGGCUAUACAAAUACCGCAGCAUAAGUUAGAAAUAUGGCCUGGCUACGUAACAGCAGUGGACGAGUACGAAGGAGGUCUCAUGUUGACGUUAGAUUCGACACACCGCGUCCUGCGCAACCAGUGUGUACUAACGCUUAUCAAAGAAGUGGUGCAGUCGGAAGGAACAAAUUGGAAGCGGAAAUUGACAGACAUUCUGGUCGGAUGCUCUGUUAUGACUACGUAUAACAAGAAACUGUUUAGAGUUGAUUCUAUUGACGAUAAAAUGACGCCUCGUUCAACUUUUGAGAAGACUGAGGAUGGAAAAAUUGUACAAAUAACAUACAUAGACUAUUACAAGAAGAACUAUGGUAUAGAUAUAAUGGACUGGGACCAACCUAUGUUAAUAUCAAGAGACACGAAACGCAUGCCGGGAUCAGACGCGCCAACAGACUUCAUGAUCUGCCUCGUGCCCGAGCUGUGCACUAUGACCGGCCUCUCUGACGACCAGAGGAGCAACUUCAGGCUGAUGAAGGACGUCGCCACAUACACCAGGAUCACUCCAAACCAACGGCACUCGGCUUUUAAAAAGUACAUCCAAACUGUGAUGGAGAACGAAACAGCGAAGAACCGACUAGCGGGCUGGGGGUUAAGCAUAGCGCCUGAAACUAUCAACAUAACUGCAAGGACGUUGCCACCGGAAACACUUUACUUUGGCAAUGCCGUCAAAGUGGCAGGCAAGCCGAAUGCCGAAUGGAACAUGGAGAGUACGAAAAAUGCCGUUAUGCAAGCCGUGGAUAUCAUGAAAUGGGUACUGUUGUACACGGACAGGGAUAACCAAAUUGCCAUGAGUUUCGUGGACACAGUGAAACGGAACUGCCGACCGAUGGGCAUCAUGGUGUCCACUCCUGAGAUGGUGCGUCUGCCUAACGACCGGACGGAUUCUUACGUGACAGCGUUGAAGAAGUCCAUUACGUCGGCAGUGCAGCUCGUUGUGGCGAUAUGUCCGACGGCGCGAGAUGAUCGGUACGCCGCGAUCAAGAAGAUAUGCUGCGCGGACAAUCCUGUACCGUCACAAGUGAUAAACGCCCGUUCACUGAUGAACUCGCAGCGAGUGCGAGCGGUGACGCAAAAGAUACUGUUACAAAUGAACUGCAAGCUCGGUGGCACGCUGUGGAACAUUAGCAUACCGUUCAAGACGGCCAUGGUCGUUGGCAUCGAUUCUUACCAUGAUCCCACCAGGAAGAGUCGCAGUGUUUACAGUUUCAUAGCGUCGUACAACCAAUCGAUGACUUUGUGGUUCUCGAGGGCCGUGUUCCAAGAGAGAGGUCAAGAAAUAGUGGACGGGCUCAAGUCCAGUUUGGUGGAAUCUUUAACGCACUACCUUAGGAGUAACGGCACACUACCCGACAAAAUUAUUAUAUACAGGGACGGUGUCGGCGACGGCCAGUUGAAACUGGUCCACGACUACGAAAUACCGCAGAUGAAGAUAUGUUUCUCGGCCAUGGGCCAGCCGUACUCGCCCACGUUGACGUACAUAGUCGUCCAGAAACGUAUAAACACGCGCAUAUUCAUGAAGUCGGCUCAAGGGUUUGACAAUCCGCAUCCGGGAACGGUUGUUGAUCAUGCGAUUACAAGACGUGAUUGGUAUGAUUUUCUAAUAGCGUCACAGAAAGUGAACCAAGGUACUGUAACGCCGACGCAUUACGUCGUAGUGUACGACAACAGCGGUAUGACGCCAGACCAGUGCCAGCGGCUGACGUACAAGCUCUGCCACUUGUACUACAACUGGCCUGGCACCGUACGAGUGCCAGCUCCGUGCCAGUACGCGCACAAGCUGGCCUACCUCGUCGGACAGAACAUACACGGCCCGCCCUCGGAUGCGCUCGCUGAUAAGUUGUACUUUUUGUAGUUAAAUCUAUUAUCGAUAAGUCGAUAGGAUCGUAUCGAUACGAUGAUUUAUUUUAUAAAAAAUAUUUCUAUCGUCUCUAUUUUGUUGAUAAAUGAGAUUGUAGCGUCUAAGCCUUUCGUGAUAUAUAAAAAUUGUAAAAAGGACGUAAAGGGUAUUAUAAUAAAAAUAAAAGUUUAUUCUUAGCCACAAGUACUAGGAUAGUAAAUCGACAGAUAUUUGAGAAAUAUGAAAAAACUAAUUUGACAAAAUUUAUACUUAUCAUACAAAACAGAAUGGACUGAGCAAUACGCUCAGUAUUGACCACUGUGUAGAAAGAGACAAAGCUAAUGUGCGGUCAAAACUUUGUACUAUAGAUGUCUUGUUUGGCUAUUUUCAUAAUUUUAUGCAAAUAUUAAUUUGAUGCAUGGAAAGUGAAUACUUUGUCCAUUCUCUAACUUUAAUCGUUACUUAACGUAAAACGUAGUAUGCGACAUAUUAAGGACAAUAUUUUGCAUUUUGUCUUUUUUAUGCCUCUUAAAAUAAUAAAAACAAGAUUCAGAAAAUAUUUCGUGAUUAUUAGUAAUCGGUUUAAAUCUAAAUAAGUAUUAUGAAAACAUGACGAUUAGUCAAUCAAAUUAAAUUUAUUUUUAACUAUAAGGAUAUAGACUUAAACAUUGAUUAUAAAAGUACAUUAUGAAUUGUAAAUAAUAUGUACUCACGAGUAUUAUAUUAAGCAACCAUUUUGACGUUAUGAAAAGAUUUAAACAAAAGAUAGCCUUACCAGGAAAAAUAUGGAACUAAUAUCUUGUACUGAUAAUGUUAACUUUAAAACAAAAGCAAAAUUUACCCUCUUAAAGCAGGUUUUUUUGGUCAGGGUAGAACUAACAUACUAUAAAUAUUAUGUCUCGAACAUCCACUAGGCAUAUAACCUCUGUAUACAGCCUUAAAAUUCAUAUAGAAUAUGGAAAUUUUGGGCUUGAGUUUAUAUUUUUGAUAGGAAAGGUCUCGUAUUUCGUAAAAAUAUGAAUUAAUUACUAGGAAAGUGGUAUUUAUUAUUAAGUAAAUAAGUAUCUAUAUAAAAAUGUAGUACUUUUAUAAAAAAAUGCGUGACAAUAUUUUUUACUUUUUAAAGGUUUUUGUAUCAUGGGUAACUUUUAAGUAAAAGUUUCCUUUUUCUCGAUAUAGAUACCGAAUCUUAAAUGAACAACUUCUUUAUCAAAUCCUUUUCCAACUCUAGUUACAUUGAUAUUUUAUAACAAUGUUGCAGAAAUGAUUUGGCCUAUAGUAUAAAAGUUCAAGUUCGUAAAGUUGAACUUUUGGUAUGUUGACUUGACUUUACUACCAUGGUUGCAAACGAAUAUAGUUCGACUGAUAGUAUAAAGUUAAUAAACUUGCAAUUGAAAAUACUUGGUUCUGUGCCAUAAAAACCUUAGAGUAGGUUAAUUUGUGUUGCCAACCCAAUAUUGCUAGGGAUGCCUCGAAGGACCUUACUUUCGAGGUACGUAGUAAAUAUACUAUGAGUAAAUAUCUUAGGAGCAUUACUAGGAUAAUUAUUAUCUGUAACAGUCAUAAAGAUAAGAUUAUUACGUAAUUUAUCCAUUCCCAAAACAGCGCAGAGACUAUAAAGAUCAUAUGUAAUCUAUCCAUUCUUAAAAUAACGCAGAGGCUCAUUAGGUUUUAAUUACUUCUGUAAUAUAGUUAAUAACUUCGGCCAUCAAUUAUUUAAGUUUUGGAAACUAUACCACCGCGUUUAAUUUUGAUAUCACGGCUCGUGACCUUAUCACUCAUAAUACGAUUGUCUCCGAAGUUGUACAUUAAUAUUUCUCAUUAGUAGCAAAAAUUUUUGCAGUUAGUAUAGUGGAUAAAUUUUGCUUUACGAUGUUUACCGAUUUUUCAAUCGUUUUACGAAAGUUUUCUUUACAUAUGAUUAUAGUCUGAUUCAUACGUUUUGAAGGGUCGACAUAAUACUAUGUUUGAAAAUUGUAAUUAUAGAAAUUUUAAUUUAGCCUAAAUAUCUUGCCGACUUAAUUUUAAUUGCCUCGGUGGCGUAGUUGUACUGUAUGCGCGGUACGAAAUCGCUCCGAGGUCCUGGGUUCGAAUCCCGGGUCGGGCAUAGUAAUAUUUAGGGUUUUCUGCGUGGUAUCAACCCGGAGUCUCGAAUUUGUGCCCGAUAUGGCGAUAGGCUCGCCCCCUGGCACAUCAUGAGAUAGAACACAUUUACCGAAAAGUGGGUACUCUUUUUGCCCCUCUGCAUACCCCUUCGGGGAGGAAUGCUUGAUGUGUGUAAUUUUGACCUGUGUCCGCAGCUUACUUCACACCCAUCAAUGCGUUUAAGUGGAACUAUAUUCCAGUCAAUAUAAAAGACUAGUUAACGGCUUUAUUUAUACAGCUGUCAUAUUAAUUUGUUUACGUUAUAUUUGAUUACGAGGAACUUUUAUCUGGUGAUUGAAAAAUCAGCCUUAGUUGUUAAGUAAUUACUAGUACAUAAGAAUCUAAAUGUCUUGAAGUUAUUUUCAUAUUAAAAAUAUAUUUUUAUAUAUACUUCAAAAAUAUAUUAGAUGAAGCAAAAUGAAAAAUUUUAGUAAGCGUUUUUAAAAGUACAAACAAAAGUAUUCAGCACUGAGAUAAUUUCGAGGGUGUUUUAUACAGAGUGCUCUAAAAACCCAAGUUAUAUAAUACAUUGAAUACUGUACGGUACUUUACAAUUACAGUUUUUUUUCGAUAACGUGUUUUCUUAAAGACAUAUUUUAAUGAGAGAAAGAGAGAGAGAGAUGAUGACUGCCUUGGUGGCAUAGUUGUAAUGCGUACGCGGUUACGACUACGGCGCUGAGGUCCUGGGUUCUAAUCCCGGGACAAAAGUAAUUGUUACUGAGUUUUUCCAUCUUAAAAAUUACACAGUUGCAGUUCGGAGUCUGAGAGUUGGUUGUGUGAUAUCCCCAAGCCUCUGAAAGAAGUGAUCUUUCUUUCCGAGGCUCAUGUGGGGCAGCUAUCCGACAUGAUCGACCGAUGUUAGAUAGCCGUUUCACCGGACUAUGAGAGUGAAGGAACAAAGAGUGCAUCUGUGUAUUGCGCACAAACUUGUGCACUAUAAUAUAUCAUGUGUACCUGGCUGAUUCCCGUAGAGAUUGACCGCUAUGGUUAAAAUUCUGGUAGGAGGUUCAUCAUUUUAAUGAUGACAAUCAGGGAUUUUGUUGAAAUUGUUGCGGGGGUUUAUCUAUUAUUAGUUGGUAAAGCAAACACAAUAGAAGGAAUUUUUGUUUCACAUAUUACUUAAUUUCCUAUUUCCGAUGUGAUGUACUCAGGUAACAUAUCAUAUCAGAUUUAAUUAAUUAGUUGGAAUUUAUAUCUCGUACAGGUAUCAAGAUAUAUGCCUAAUAUCUACGUUUGUGUUGUUAUUUUAUUAUAAUUAUUUAGGAUGCUAAUUUAGUUGUAUUCUUGAAGGUUAAUACGCUUGAACCGUCACAGUUGCGUUCUCACUGCCUUAGCUUACCUCUAUAGGAUUUGUAAUAACUUGCUUAUCCAGUCUCCAAAAUCAGUUUAUUUCACUUAUUAACUCUUCGUUGGUCGUGGCUUCGCCCCAGUGAAAGCUUUUCCUGCUAAAAGUCCCUGAACACGACGUCGGCUACAUUAGUUUUAAAAAUUUAAUUAAAAAAAUCGAUUUUUACCAUAGGAGUUAAACUAUGUGUUAAUCCAGGGUAUGGCACACCCUUGUCUCAAAUUUCGUCCAAAUCUGUUCAGUUGUUUUUUCUUUUACGUCUAACGAACAUACAAACAUUACACAAUCUUUCGCAUUUAUAAUAUUAGUAAGAUUACGUGAAAACUUCUAACCAGACUUGCAAUGAAUAUAAUAUAUUUGGCCAUACACCGAAUAUAGAAUAUUCUGCAGCCUUCCCGGACGAUUAUAAGGCAAAAUUUAAGGCAUUUACAGGAAAACUUCUAUCAAUGUAUUUGUAUCUUGUUCGUUUAUUCCAACAAGGUGAACAAUGAAUGCAGAAAAAACUACCUGCAUCAUAAUACACUUACAUACUUGCAUCAUCAUACACUUUAAUAAUGAUAAUUCAUGUGCAUAGACGUUUCCCACUAAUUUAAAUAUUUGUAUACAAAAUUAUUUUAUUUGGCUACUUUAAUAAUUGCAAGGCAAAUAUUAUAUUUUUAAUAAAUCACUCUUUAGCCAAUUAUCUGAUUACAACAAAACUUAAGUAUUCGGUGUUUGGCAGAAUAGUACUUAGAUAUUCGGUAUUCGGCCGUAUAGUAUUAAAGAAGACGAAUACCGAAUAGUAGCCGAAUAUUCAUUGCAAUUCUUUUUAUAUUACCAUUAAAAUAUUUAUCUCUAAUAUUUUUUUACAUAUCGAUAUUUUUUAUAUAAAUAAGUUUUCUUCUCCUAGUAUAUGCUAUUCCUUGUUAAUAUAACAAGAUUUCUUGCGGUGAAUUGAUAUUUUUUAUGAAAGUAAAAAUUAAUUCAAUAUGUACCCCCGUUAUUCAUAGACGUAAUUUAUCUAAGGAUGGAGGAUUGCUGUGAUAACAAGUUUGUUUUUCAGCAUUAUUUAUCGGACAGCUUGCUGUUUGUUCAGCUUUAUUUAUCUGACAGCCAACUAGUUCAAGUUGUAUCUCAAUAUUAGCCAAUCACAACGGCUUUAUGUUUACUGCACUGCGAAGGCUGCCAUGCCGUCAGCACUGAGAAACAGACUUGUUAUCAUAGCAAUGCUCAGUCCUUAGAUAAAUAACGUCUAUGAAGGGGGUUCGUUUUUAAGUUCAGACUUCAGUGGUUCAAGUUCAAUAUUUUCUAGUGUUAAUUAACGGUCUUACUGUUAUUGUCCUGUGAGAUGAGAUGACAAACUUUGUAUUUGUGAUAAAGUUGUGUAUUACCGGAUUGAUAAUAU